GAAUAGCAUAUAGGUGCCACUGCCAGGGGGGUUUAUGGAUUUUAGGUUAGGUUAGGUAUCUUUUCAAAUUUGUACAUAAUUAUUGUAAUUAACAUGUUCUUCAUUAAUCGGUUACCAAUAGUACUUACACGUAAAUUAAAGUCAAUACGUAUGAUGUCUACCAAACUCAAGAAGUCGGAUCCUUCUUUCCCUACGAAAUACUUUUCGGGAAUACAACCCACUGGGGAUAUACAUUUGGGGAAUUACUUAGGUGCUAUAAAGCAAUGGGUCGAUCUACAGAACAAGGAAGAUCUAAUUUUAAGUGUUGUCGACUUGCACGCCAUAACCUUGCCACAGGAUCCCAAAGAGUUGUACCAGAAUAUAUUGAGAAUGACAGCUACAUUACUAGCUUGCGGCGUAGAUACUAGCAAAUUAAUUUUGUUUCAACAAUCGCAGGUCUAUCAACACACAGAGCUUGCUUGGAUUUUUAGUUGCAUUUGCACAAUGGCAAGAUUAGCACAUUUACCUCAGUUCAAGGAGAAGUCGGCCACUUUAAAAGAUGUCCCCCUUGGUUUAUACAUUUACCCAGUUCUGCAGGCUGCAGAUAUUAUGCUUUAUAAAGCCACUCAUGUACCGGUUGGCGAUGAUCAACUACAGCAUUUGGAGCUAUCGCAAGAUUUAGCUCGUAUGUUUAACAGGCGGUAUGGACUCACAUUUCCCUCACCGCACGCUAUCGUAACAGGCACCUCCAAAAUAAAGAGUUUAAGAAAUCCAUCAAAGAAAAUGUCUAAAUCAGAUCCUGAUGCAAAGAGUAGGAUAUGCCUGACUGAUUCAGCAGACGAAAUUGCCAGGAAAAUUAGAAAGUCGGUGACUGACUGCACAUCUGCGAUUACAUUUGAUCCAGAUGAGCGUCCGGGGGUCUCAAAUUUAGUAAUGAUGCAUUCAAGCUUAAGUGGCAAAACUGUAGAAGUUAUACUGAAGGAAGUUGAGGGGAUGGACACCUUACAGUAUAAAUCGUUGGUGGCUGACUGUGUCAUAUCGUUCAUUUCACCAAUUUCACAAAGGAUAAAAGAAUUGAUGGAAGAACCUCAAUAUCUAAGAAAUGUAUUGGAUGUAGGUACAAGUAGGGCAAUGGAAAUUGCCAGUUGUACUAUGGAAGAAGUUAGGGGUAAAAUGGGAAUUCAAUUGUUACAUACUGAAGCGCAUGAACUAGCUACAAGUAAUCGAUCUAUGUACAAAAUGUAGUUUUAAUUUAUUAAAGUUGUUUUCUUAUUUGUG